UAUUGCUGAUGCGCUAGCGUCGGCUAACCCCGUGACCUGAGGGAGCGCAGAACUCGCAGAACACCGACAUUGAACAUUCUCCGACCACAUCUUCCCCACCACCCCGUCCAUCAUGAGCUCUCUCCGCAUCGCCCGAGCUGCCCUCCGCGCGAGGCCCGCUGCCAUUGCCCGCCCUAUCCAGCGCAGAGGGUACGCCGAAGUCGCCAAUGAUAAGAUCAAGCUCUCCCUAGCUCUCCCGCAUCAGUCUAUCUACAAGUCCCAGGAUGUCGUCCAGGUCAACCUCCCCGCGGAAACCGGUGACAUGGGUGUUCUGGCCAACCACGUUGCCUCCAUCGAGCAGCUGAAGCCCGGCCUAGUCGAGAUCAUCGAGGAGCAGGGUGGCAGCAAGCAAUUCUUCCUGUCUGGUGGAUUCGCUGUUGUGCAGCCCAACUCCGUCCUCAGCAUCAACGCCGUCGAGGGCUACCCAUUGGAGGACUUCAGCGCCGAGGCUGUCAGGAACCAGAUCGGCGAGGCACAGAAGAUUGCCAGCGGAAACGGCAGUGAGGCUGACAUUGCUGAGGCCAAGAUCGAGCUCGAGGUCCUCGAGAGCCUGCAGGCUGCAUUGAAGUAAAUGUGUAAAUAGCGUUCCUUGAGUACGACAUGCGCGGUAUGUAUAGUAGCAAGUACAGAGCAUGCGUGCUUUCCGUGGUCAAAGAAUAGAAGGAGCUCCCCGAUGUGAUUAAAAUAUUCCAAACAUAUUGUAGUCUCGCUCUUCUUGACCACAAUCUUCUGCAAUCUGGACCAACGGUACCUGAAACCACCAGCAAUCCUACGAGCUACACCACUUUUAUUGUUAUCCUUCUAUCGGUUUGUCUUCUUCUGCAUCCUGUUUUACUUCGUUACAGCUUGUCUUACUGCAUCAUAGCGAUCUUAGUUUUCCUUACAUACAACCAACAGUCAACACGUGUCUAAAACA